UGUACUCUAUGAUCGUUCUUCGAAGUUGGAGCAAGUGUUUUGGUUGUUUACAUUUUAACAUUAAAUAAAUAAAAAAAAUAACAAAAUGGAUUGUCAGAUUUUCAUUUAACAUAAUAAUUUUUUGAUGUUUUUGUGGUUUCUUAAAGUGCAUAAGUGAGGUUUUAUUUAACAGGUAAACAAAUCCAGAAAUAUUGUAUUGUUCGGGGGUUAUUGUGUCAGAUCUUUGAAAGAUAUUGAUUGCGAAGGGGAGAAGGGAACUGGUAAUCGAGUAUUUAAUGGGAAAGGGAGUUUCAUCUGUCAUCAUUGAUGCAUACGUAUCUGGGAUAGGACAUGCUUCAGGAAAGAAGAUGGAUGGAUGAGCUCUGGGCCGGAGAUGGACCAGGACCUGGCGAGGAGGCUGUUCGCGGAGGGCGGCUUCUUCGUGUGCCUGGGCGUCCCCGCGGGGACGGAGCUGGGCAUAGACAUGAAGGUGUGGACCACACGGGAGGACUUCAGGGGAGUCAAGAUGAUCCCGCCCGGGGUGCACUACGUCUCCUGGAGUGCCACGAACAAACACGGCGAUGUUGCGCCCCGCGUUGGGUUCGUCCACACUUUCAAGAAAUCGGAGCUUGUGGUCCGGCGAUGGGAUCCUGAUGCGGAAGACUUCAGUCAGAAUGAAGUACCUGAUGAAGAAAAAAAGCGAUUGAGGUCAGACCUGUUGAACCUGGACAAGUUUCUCAUGCCGUAUCCUUUCGACACAUGGAAGAGAUGGAAACAGCUGUCUGAUAAAAUCACAGAGGCGGUCGCGGAACGCCUGGUGCCGGCCAGCGGGAGGAUCCGCUCCGCACUGGACCUGGUGCCCGCUGGCGGGUCGAGCGGGGACAGCCGACGCCGCAGCAGCAGUGGUCGCAGCCGUGCCGAGGACCGCGAGGAGGCCCUGCUGCCGGACAUGAGGCCCGCCCCGGGCACGGGGCUGCGCUUCGCCGAGUUCCCGGAGCUGCGCUACCCGGAGGGCUCCACCCCGGCGGAGGUGACCCGCCACUCCCUGGACUCCAGCUACGUGCUGGAGGCCUUGCUCGCCCAGUGUCGCAGUGACGCAGACUUCCUCGGGGAGAUGCAGUUUGCCUUCGUGGCGUUCCUGGUGGGCAACAGCCUGGACGCCUUCGAGCACUGGCGCCAGCUGGCGGGGCUGCUGUGCUCCUGCGAGGAGGCCAUAGCGCGGCACCGCGAGCUCUACCACGACGCCCUCACCGUCCUGGGCCACCAGCUGGACGAGGUGCCCGAGGACUUCCUGGUGGACAUCGUCGCCAACAGCAACUUCAUCUACGUCAGCGUCUGCGACCUGCUGCGCACCGUCCGGUCCAGCGACGCCGUCGACAGCCGUCUCAGGAACAAGGCGGCGCGCUUCUCCGAGGGCCUCACCGCCAGGUUCGGCUGGGACUUCUCCCACGUGGAGGACGAGGACAGCGACGAGGCCCCGGUGGUGGUGGACGACUCUGGCCUGUGUCCCGGGGAUGAGCACUCGUCAUCGGGACUGCCUUGAGCAUGGACAACGAUAAGCUGCGGACUGCGCCCCGGUGGUAGUGGACGACUCUUGCCUGUCCCGGGGAUGAGCACUCGUCAUCGGGACUGCCUUGAGCAUGGACAACGAUAAGCUGCGGACUGCGCCCCGGUGGUUGUGAUCGUCUCUGGCCUGUCACUGGGAGAUGACUCAUCCUCGGACUGCCUUGAGCAUUGACAAUGAUAAGUUCUAGACAGUGCCUGCGGACUGUGCAACAGUGUCUGCAUUGUUGCCAACAGAACUGUUUAAAAAAAGUGUAUGUGUCGUAGGACUUAAGCCGGGUUUAUAAACCACACCAGAAAUGAAACUGUGCAGCAACAACACAACAUGCAAUCAUUACAAAAUUCACGGUCGUUUGUAAACCAUGAAAGUCGUACAAAGUCCAAUGAUUUAAAUCAAAUAUGUUAUUUUCUUUCACCAUGCGGAAAAUUUUAACAUGUGAAAACGUGAUUUAUAUUAUAAAAACAUAAUUUUGGCCUUCUAUACACAUAACAUCUGUUUUUAAGUUUUUGGAACAUCACUUCAAAUAUGGAAGGCGGAAACAUAAGAGAUGAAAAGUUGGCCAAUACUUAAGUUGUGAUUUUGCAUCUGGCAUAGUUUAUAUCUAAAUUGGUAUUUGAAAACUUUGUUAUUGAACUUUUUUUAUUUUAGUUUUCUGUGUAGUUAAUAAACCCAGCCUUAGCAUAUGCUUGUUUCAAUGCAGUUAUUAUUUACAAGUGCAUUGAAUGAAAUGUUGGAAAUUUCCCCCCCAUCUUUUUGUUGCAAGGUUCGGUGCCUGAACAUCUUCCCUUCCUAAGUUAUUUUUUUUUCUUCCCUCCACUUACCUCCCCUCCAUGACCUUGCACAGUGACAGCUGUUAUCUUUGCUGCAUCUGAGUGCGGUCAUGAGUCAAAUUAUUCACGAAUAAAACAAAAACUGUGCAGAUACAAAAAAAAAAUACAUCGAGACCUUUGCUAUUCAAAAUUUAAUUUUCUACAACUUUUAUUCUUUGCAUUUUUUCACUACAGUUAGGUAUGUUUUUGAGGUAUGGUGUGAAAUUAAGACAUUUUGGGAAGCUUUAGGAUUUUAACUUUGACUUAAAUCUUCUAUAUUCAGUUAUUAUGAGUACCCGUAGUUUCGAGGAUUUCCCCUGCCAUUGUCAGCUCUCAUAAUAGCGAGGUUCCACUGUAUGAAAAUCACUUAUGUUGAAGUAGUUUGUUAACUAUUAACUGCAGUCGUAAUUGGUGAGAAAUGAUCCAUUUGUGGUAAACUUAAUGCUACCAGGGAAGUUCACAUUACAACUGAGGGAAUGUACUGGUUAAUUAAAAUGAAUAUUGUAACAGUUUGUUGAGUUAAACUUUGUACCUCUUAAGUACACAUGAUUACCAAAAAAAAACUCAUUUUUACAGUAAUUUUUCAUUUUAUGUACCGUAUUGGUCCGAAAAUAGGCCGACCUUUUUUGCCAGUUUUGUCAACCUUGAAAUCUAGAGUCGGCCUAUAAUGGGGCACUAGCUAAAAUAGUAUAAUUAAACACGUACAUUUACAGGAGAAUCACUUAUGGCAUAAAAAUGUUAUCAGAUAUACAAUUAAUUGACCUAAAAUUACGCCGUACUUACAUGUAAUUAGUAAUUUUUCCAACUUAGAAAUUUAGUAAACACACUUAACCCCAAUAACGUUUCAUAUUUUAAGUUAAGUACACAGAUGUGGUCACUUGUAGCACAUAGCUUAUUAUAGCUCGGUCUGGUUAUUUUUUAACUGUAUUUAACAGGCUGCGGUAAUUUUAUUUGCUUGUAAAAUGUGGUAUUUACAGUAAAAAAUUAGUAAAAACAGCAAUUAUUUUGCAGUAAGGUUAUUUACCAUAUUCUCCGUUCACUCUUACCGGAGUUUUGAAAUAAACAAAGCAUCUUGUAAACAAACAUUUUCAUUGGCUGCCGGCCGCCACGCACAUUAUUCGUGCGCAAGAAAUAGUCCCUUGGUUACGUACCAUUUGUAUUUUUACCAUGCCUUUUUUUUAUAACAAUUGUUGUUAUAUAGCAUUAUAGCGUUUCACCAUUGAUAUACAAUACAGUUUAAUGUGUCAGCAAGUAUUUACUUACAAUUAUGUUAGCAGACGCAGUGUGUACAGUAUACAGUUGAUGCCUGGCGCAACAGUUGCAUUUCGGAUUCGUGCGCGCACGGUUUGUAUGGCUGACGCCUGACCGAGUUUUGUAAAACACAGAACGGGAAAGCCUUUGAAAAGUGCACAGAAAACUAUUGUGUUGAAUGUUUUUAAAAAUUUUUCAAAUAUCCGGAUUGUCGUGUGAACAAUAUUGCGAGUUUAACUGCGGAAUUUACGGGUGUUUCGAAUCGUAAUACUAUCAAUUAUCAUACGUUACGGUGCUAUUUUAUUGAUUAUUCAAAAAAUAAACAUUGUUUGCUUUUUUUCUGCUAAUUUCAAAGGUGUAAUAAGAUAUGCAGAAACCAAAUAAUGUGGAAGCUGGGCGGAAAUAUGGUGUUGAGAAGAAUUUGCGUUGCUGGCGGGCUCAAGCAAAUAAAUUAAAAAAUGCAGUUUUCCCUGAUUUUGAGUGUGCUGUAGAAGGGGUCGGCCUAUUUUCAGGCCAAUGCGGUAAUUUAAACCAUUUCUUUGUACAAUUUGUGCUUAUCUGUAUAAUAUAAAAAAAGUUUUAACUUUC